AUGGAGGAACAUGAAGAUGUUCAAUAUUGUUUUCAAGACAGAAACUCUUCUUGCAGAAAGCAGCUCCACACUCCAACCAACCUGCUCAUCCUCUCUCUGGCUGUGUCAGAUCUCCUGGUGGGACUGAUUGUGAUACCAGUAAUGAGUGUAGCAAUAAUGGAAUCAUGCUGGAGUUUUGGGGAAUAUUUCUGUGUGUUUCAAUUCUACGUCUCUUGUUUGUGUACUUCUUUAUCUCUGGGCAAUUUGGUCUUGAUAUCUAUCGAACGCUAUGUUGCUGUGUGUGAUCCCUUAUUGUACCACUCUAAAAUAACAGUAACAAGAAUAUCACAGGCCAGAAAGGUAUUUUCAAAAGAUGCUGCCAGUGUGUCUGGUGUUAAAACUGUACAAGCAAAGUCUGAGAGAAAAGCAGCAAAAACUCUAUCUAUUGUUGUUUUCAACUAUCUCAUUUGUUGGAUUCCAUUUCU